AUGAACAGCAGCGCCGGACCAGAGUCGACUCGACCACACACAUCACCUCGCGCCCGCUCUCCAGUGGAUCGAUCUCCAAGACGAUAUCUCGACUCCCGCGAUUCCGAUACUUAUAGAGGGGCUGCGCGCGGCGGUGACAGGCGCCGAUCGCCAUCAAACUCAAGAGCGAACACUGCCGCAUUUAAUCACAAUCAAAAUCGAGAGCUUUUCUCAGAUAGGCAUACACUUUCACGAGAUACAAAUCGAGAUUCAUCAUUACGCGAUCCUCCUCGAGGACCACGGGCUGGAUCCAAAAGUUAUAUCGACCCCCCAAGCGGCCCUAGAGGCAACAGUUUUGGCGAUGGAUAUCGAGGUGAUUUCGGAUAUCGGGGUGAUUUCAGAGGUGGCAGAGGUCGUGGUCGCGGAAGAGGUAGCUGGCGAGAUGAGAGUAGAGACCGCGAUCGGGAUCGAGAUCGAGAACGAGAACGUGGCCGAGAAAUAGAAAGAGAAAGAGACUAUAGAGAUAUUCGAAGGGACAACAGAGGACCUUUAGUACCGUUUCGCGAUGAUCGAAGCCGUGAUCGAGAAUGGGGUGGUCGGGACAGCUUCAAAGGGCGAAGGCCUUCAUCUCCUCUUGGUAGGGGAAGAUCUCCUAACUACAAUAGUAGAGAUACUCGUGACGUACCUUCAAGCUUGGACCUUGAUCGUGCUCGAAGAGGCUCACGAGACGGUCCAAUGUCUGUUACCUCGCCUUCGUCCGAGUCAUCUCAACCAUUUGUUCAUGGUUAUGGUAGAGCAAGAGGAAAUGGAUUAGCACGUGGACGUGGACGACCUUAUAACUACGAUGAACAUUAUCAUCGAACUCAAGUCCGCAGUAGAUCUCCUGAACCGAAUUUUCCACGUAGAACUCAACCAUCCGCAACCCCUCCUCCUCAGGUUCCUGCAUUUGGUUCAACUGGAACAUCGGUCAGUGAAAGUCCUGUACCUGGUGUAUCGGUCCCAACUGCGCCCCGUUUUCUUGCCGGCCGUGGGGCUCCAGGCAGCCUCUACGUUCCUGCAAAAUCUAUAGUUUCACAGUCCAUUGAAAACCCCCCGCUAGACAACAGAUCGGACACACAAGUCGUCGCAACCCCAGAACACAAAUUUGAUGAGAUAGCACGAGUUGACAAAAAACGUCGUCAGCGAAAGCCCUUGUUCGGUAGACGCCCACCCAAAAUACAGAUCAGUGAUGAUUAUUCCGACUCCGAUUUGGACCCCUUCAAUGAUGAUGACCCUGAGGAUGAGAUCAAUUUCGAGAGUGAAUUAGCGGAGGUCAGGCGUAGCAUGAACGAUGCUCGCAACAGACCCGACUUACCUCCUCUUGACCAGUUCUUUCUUGUCAAUUCGUUUAGGGAUCUGCCUCUGCUAUUAGAUACAAGAGAAGUUCCGGAUACUUUGUCUGAAUCCAUUGGCUCUGAAUCCGCAAACGAUAUACCUUACGCACUGACUGAGGGGGGAAAUAAAUCUGUAUCUGAGCUUGAACCUCACUCAGAGCCUCAGAAAGAGCCCGACGUAGUGUUGGACCCGACAAAAGACAUUUCAUCCGAUUCUAAGCCCUUUGUCGGUGAAGAUCAUCAAAGUCCAGCUUCACCAUUUCUGAAACCGGUCAUUCCAGCAGCAACAAUCGACUCGAGCGUUAAUGAGAAACAUCAUCGACAUUCAAGUCAACCUCCAUCUACUGACCCAGAAAAGCCAGCUAUUCCCUCUGUCGAACCACAAUCACCACCCACUGCAGUCACCGAAGAUUCCAAUUCCAGUACUCAUCUGAUUACAAAGGAUUCUAUCACUAAGGAAGCAGAAUCAACGCCAGCGAUUAAUCUUGCUCCAUUGCCCAUUGAGAGAAGUCAAUCGCCAUCUGAAGAUUCUCGAACUCCCAUCAAAGCCACCGAGACCAAUGUUGAUAUUCCCCAUUCCACAGUCACAAAAGCGGAUGUUGAGAGCUCAAAUGACCGGUCCACUAACGAGAGUCUCUCUAAAGCUGGUGUAUCCGAAGAAAACUCCUCAAAGGAUGAUGCAUCUAAAGAUACUGCACCAUCUGACAUUCAACCUGCUACCGUUGAGCCCACAGAACCCCAACCUUCUACGACCGAGUCAUCACUAUUACCGCGAACUGAUCUUGAAAACAACACCUCCAACAACGACUUCCAAGCUCUCCCUAGCAUGGAGCCUCAACAUGCUGGUACGAAUUUCUCCAGCUCAGAGAGGCCACCUUCGCCUUCGUUAUCAAGAGAUUAUUCUGAGCGUGUCUUGGAGCCCCAUGACGACCAAAAAAUUGUGGAGAAAUCUACGGAUGUAGGACCGCCCGAGUCAAACGAGGUAUCAGGAUUAGCUGCUGAGAAAGAAAGAAAGUCAGAAACUGAACCAGUUUACAAAUUCCCAGUAUCUCUAGGAACCAUUGAUACUGAGAUCCUCCCAGAUGCUGAAGCACCUGAAGAUGAUUCACUAAUUAGUCCCAGGACUCAGGCUCCAAUCCAAAGAUCAAUGGAUAAAGAUGCAGAUGGUGAUCAUCAGAUGGAGGGUACAGAGACAGUUGAAAAUAAUGAAUCUGUCAACCAGGAGGCAGUUAAUGACAUGAGCAAUUCCGGAGAAGAAAUUCGCCGUCUUCGAAAAGAACAAGAUGGUCAUUAUGAUUUUGGACCACAAAAGAUGCCUUCACCAGUACCACAGGCCCCAGAACUAACGAUGGAGAUCCCCGAAGAAAGUGAUGAUGACGAAGAUGAAGCUGAACAAGCCGGAUUCCAACUUUUACGGCAGAAGCUUGUUCAACAAGAAGCCGCCCUCGAAGAGGAUCGCCAGUCUAAAAUUCUCGACGCCGUCAAGCACCCCAGGGAUACAAAGACACCCCCUCCGGAAUCUUUGCCAAUGUACGAUUAUAAUAAAUGGGACGAGGAUCCAGAGUUCUUGAGCUCUCUUGAAAUUGCUCCUGAUGCCGAACCCUCUCUUACGAGGUUCAUGGAAGAAAAAAUGGCGCAGAAAUGGAGAAGACAACAAGAAGAAGGGAAACUGUGGGCAGACAAUUAUGCCAAAUACCGCACAUUUACUGAUAUGGAUUUGGAUCCGAUUGCUGUGCGAAGUAGAGAAGCAUUUGCUAAAGCCCAAGACAGGGAAGCCGAGGAAUCGGUCGAACGAGGCAAAUCGGUAAAUGGUUCAGAUCCGAAGACAGAGGGUCAGCGGCGUACUGGGAGUAGAUUUGCGACAGAGCACGAUAUAGAACGCGUCCUUCGUGAAUCCGAGCGUGAAGCUAAAGAAUCGAAGGAACAGCAAGAACAGGAUGCCAGGGAAGAGACCGCUAAUUCCAAGGAAGCGAGCAUUCCAGAUAUGUGUUGGGAUGAUGAAUACAAAGAAACUAUGUUUGUAGAUACUACGCAUAAGGUUCCAUUUGAGCGAUCAUUUCGUAUGCUUGAAUUCGGAGAAUCUAUCGACAAUUUCACGGAAGAAGAGGCUCGCAUUUUUCGAGAGAAGUACUCCCAUUCUGGCAAGCAAUUUUCUGUCAUCGCAGAAAGCCUUCCACAUCGUGAUUACAAGGCCUGCAUUCAACACUAUUACAUUAUCAAAACAACUGAUGAAUGGAAAGCGAUCUUCAAGAAGAAAAAUAAUCAAGUUAAAACAGGUAGGAGGAAAGGAGCGAAAAAAUCUAGCGUUCUCAUUACCAACAUAGAAAAUGGAGGCGGCAACGACACCGACGCUACACCAGAUGUCGAGAAUGGCAACGAAAGACGUCGACCUAGGAGAGCUGCUGCUCCAACCUGGAAUUUUGAAGCACCUCCACCAACUGACAAUGAAGGCGCCAGUCCUGCACCAACUCCAGCGAAAAGAGUUGCUACCCCAAAAGGAGAUGCAAAUGGUGACUCAGCUCCACCCAAAAGGAAAGUAAAGGUUCCACGAGAGAAGGUUCCGAAACAACCCAAGGCUAGUCAACUUCUAGCAGCUGCCCCAUCUCCUGCUACCCGUAACGAUGAAUCGCCGAAUCCUCCCCCAUCAACCGCUGCACCCGAGCCUACUCCAAUUAGACCUCCUGUAGCUCCUGCUCGUUUCCCUCCAUAUGAAAGUAUUGUUCCUCAACAACUUCCAGCAUUUUCACCACCAUUCAUGACACCCGAAAGACUUACACCAGCUAAUCUAGAGGUUCCAAUUGCACCUGAACGUGUUGGAUCUGCCCCUCCAACAACUGUUGAAUCUCAACCGGAUCGUCGUUCUACUGCCCAACAACAAACUUCUAGCUAUUGGAGUGUCCCGGAGGUGCAUGACUUUCCUGAAUUACUACGACAUUUUGGUACAGAUUGGCAAGGGAUUGCAAAACAUAUGGGAACAAAAACACAUACCAUGGUCAAGAACUACUACCAACGCUCGGUUGAUUCUGGAAGUAAGAAAGAAUGGGAAGCGAUCACUCGAGAUGCUGACUCGAAACGUGAGAGAGGCGAAUCUACUGGACCGGCACCAACACCAACUGCUCCAACGAAGCGACGAUAUGACCCCUCACCCGCUCCUCUAUCGAGAUCAGCUUCUGCUAUGGAUCUCGAUGAACUAUCUGCUAACCAACCUAUAACUCUUUCUCAAGCCUCCCCUCCUCAGCCCACAUUGAGUACUAGGUUCCCAGCUUUAGCUCAAGCUGGACCAGUUCCCCAAUCAAUGAAUCAAACGAUAACUCCUAGUUCAUUGCCAUCCAAACGCUCCCAUCAUCAGGCUAAUCAACACAGCUUAUCUCAAAUCCCGCAACAGCAACAACCAAUAUCAGCAUCACCAUCAGCAACAGCAACAGCCUCUCAGAUACAACCACAACCACAACAAAUUCAGAGUCAGCAAGUUAGACAACCAAGAGGUCCUGCUAUGGGCUUCUUCACGACUGAUAAUCAACGUCCUACGUUACAGAGUAAUCUUUCGCAGCAAUCUCAAAAUGCUUCACCAAUUUCCGAUCCAACCACACUUGCUUCUCAAAGAUCAGCCCGGGUCGCCGAGGAAGCCCAUCGCGAGAGGCAGAAGGCUCUUGAGCAUGAGGUAGAACGAAUGUCACAGGAACAACAACAAGCCAUAAAGCGACUAGCUUUACAAGACCAGGCCAGACGAGAGCAGCAAGCUAUUCGAGAACAAGCCCUUCGAGAGCAAGCGAUUCGAGAGCGAGAACAAGCCCUUCGAGAGCAGCAGGCUUUGCGAGAACAGACACAUCGUGAGCAACAGCAGGUAUUCCAAAGACGAGAGCAGCUAAGGGAAAUGGAGGCUAUCGAGCGGCAACAACAGCUACAAAGGGAAAGGGAGUCAAAACAAGAACAGCUAGAACGAACUUUGAAGAGAAAACAAGAGCGUGACCAUGAGCAGCGUGAACAACGAGAACAACAAGAUCGAAAAGAAAAGCGAGAACAACGAAAUUUUCAGAUGAAGCAAGAGGAAAUUGAUGUACGAAAUCCACAACAAUAUGAACUAUACUCUGCACACUCUAGCCGUACAGGAUCAAUGGCACCUACAAGACCCGAGGUUCCAUAUUCGACAGUCACCGCAACGGACGUUCGAAGACAAGCACCAUCUUUAGCACCAAAUCAACAAUAUCCGAGAAGUCAAGGUGUCAGGAAUUUGCUUAGUGAUGGUAUGAGUGUUGCUCCAAACUUGAUUCCAUCUCCCUCUCCAGCUUUCGGUCGAUCGGGCAUUGUUACCCCGCCAAUCCAAGAGCAGUAUUCAACACCACCGCCUCCACCAGCGGCUGUUGCUGCUAUACGUCAGCAAGACACACCAAGAAAGACUUCCAAUAUCAUGUCCUUGUUGAACGAUGAAUCCAGUGAACCUAGCAGAGCUCCUCCCAUAGCACAAGUCCAACCGAAGAGAGUUGGUGGUGCCGCGGCAAUUCCCAUUCAAAAUUCACAAACUCCACCACCUCAACGUUCAUUGCAGACUUCACGAUUUUCAUCGCAUUCAUCUCAACAGUCGCAACAAAUGUCCCAGCAAAUUCAACAAAAUCAGCAGAUGCAGCAGGCUCAACAUCAAAUAUCUUCUCAAACGAAUCCACAGCAUGGGUAUCCACAAUCAUCUUCUCAAUCUAUGCAUCAACAUUCAUCCUCCGUGGGUCGCAGUUACACACCAACACCUUAUGAAGGCCGAAGUCAUGCACCCCCACCAACUGUACAACAUCACCAGAUGUAUUCUCAACCAUCUCGCCAAACAAUUGGUUCGCAGUCUUCAUCUAUUCGUCGAGAGCCUUUAAAUGAAAUAAAUGCUCCGAGCGGAUAUACACGAAGUCCAAUUACGAAGCUUAAUGAAUCACCUUAUUCUGCUACUCCUCCUCCUGCUAGUCAACAGAUGGCACGUCAGACAAUGUCGUCUCCUCAUGACAUACCUCAAGCUUCCGAUCGUGAUAUAUAUAAUCGUCAAUCACAAUUCGCUGUGCCACAACAACCGAAUACACCGGUAGACUUCCAUUCAGCACCUCAAGUGGCAGCCAGUCAUCGAUCUAUAGCAUUCGGACAAAGUGGACAAAGUGGACAUCGAACUCCACCAGCACCACGUGGUCAAUGGAUUCAAGGUCAUCAAGUAGGUCAUCAUGUGCACAACUCACGACAAAAUAGCUUCGAUGCCCGGAACUAUAAUGCUGCUCCAUCUACAUCAGUUUCAGGUCAGCAAGGUUAUGCCCAAGCACCUUCCCACCACAUGCAAUAUCAACAACAACAAACUCAAGAGCGCUAUGAGCAUCACUAUGAGAGAGAACGAGAGAGAGAGAGACAGGAAAGGGAAAGAGAACAACAAUAUUACCGAAGCCGGGAUGAUCAACGAGAUCCGCGAAGAUAG